CUACGGGGACUGGGACAGGGGCUGCCACCCUCCCGGCGGGCGGCGGCAACAGGGACCCUGAGAGAAUACCCGCGCUGGCGGGACCUCCCUGCGGCAGGGACGCUGGGUGCGGAUCGCAGUGGCGGAGCGCGGCCCGGGAGCUGGCCCGGCAGGCGGGAGGUAGGCAGGUGCGGUGGCGGAAGUGCGAGGCCGCGGUCGGAGCCGAGCCGUCUAGGAAGCCGCGGCCGCGGGUCACCCAGCCCCCAGCAGUUACCGAGCUUCGGCCAGACACCAGCGGCUAGGGCUCGGCUGCCGGCGACAUGCCUCUAUUCACCGCCAACUCCUUCGAGCAGGACGUGGAAAAAGCCACAAAUGAGUACAACACUGCGGAAGAUUGGAGUCUUAUUAUGGACAUAUGUGACAAAGUUGGAAGUACUCCUAAUGGAGCAAAAGAUUGCCUAAAAGCCAUAAUGAAAAGGGUAAAUCAUAAGGUUCCUCAUGUUGCUCUGCAGGCAUUAACUCUUCUUGGGGCUUGUGUGGCAAACUGUGGAAAGAUAUUUCAUUUAGAAGUAUGUUCCCGUGAUUUUGCAACAGAAGUACGUGCUGUGAUAAAAAAUAAGGCUCAUCCUAAAGUAUGUGAAAAACUGAAAUCCUUAAUGGUGGAGUGGUCAGAAGAAUUUCAAAAGGAUUCUCAAUUUAGUCUAAUAUCUGCAACUAUCAAGUCUAUGAAAGAAGAAGGAAUUACUUUUCCACCAGCAAGUUCUCAGACUGUCUUAGCUGCUGCCAAAAACGGUACAUCAUCGAACAAAAACAAAGAAGAUGAAGACAUAGCUAAAGCUAUUGAAUUAUCGCUGCAAGAACAGAAGCAACAGCACACGGAAACCAAGUCCUUAUAUCCAUCUGCAGAGAUUCAGUUAAACAAUAAAGGUGCAAGAAAAGUAAGAGCCUUAUAUGAUUUUGAAGCCGUUGAGGACAAUGAACUCACCUUUAAACAUGGUGAAAUUAUUAUUGUUUUGGACGACAGUGAUGCCAAUUGGUGGAAAGGAGAAAACCACAGAGGAAUAGGACUCUUCCCAUCUAAUUUUGUAACAACUAAUUUAAACAUAGAGUCUGAGGCAGCAGCUGUGGACAAAGUGAAUGUAAUUGAUGAGGAGGAAGAGGAAAUUAAGAAAUCAGAGCCUGAACCUGUUUAUAUAGAUGAGGAUAAGAUGGAUAGAGCCCUGCACGUACUCCAGAGUAUAGAUCCAACAGAUUCAAAACCAGAUCCACAAGAUCUCCUGGACUUAGAAGUUGUCUGCCAACAGAUGGGUCCAAUGAUAGAUGAAAAACUUGAAGAAAUUGAUAGGAAGCAUUCAGAAUUGUCUGAAUUAAAUGUAAAAGUCUUGGAAGCUCUGGAACUAUAUAACAAAUUGGUGAAUGAAGCACCCAUAUAUUCAGUCUAUUCAAAGCUCCAUCCUCCAGCACAUUACUCGCCUUCAUCAGCUGGGGUUCCAAUGCAGGACAGUGCCUCACACAUCAGAAGUCCUCCAGGUGAAAUACUGAUGCUGCUCCUGUUGCUCAACAAGCAAAAUUUACCAUUUCUUUUAAAUUCCUGUCAAGAUUUCUUUAACUAUAUGUAAUCAUUAAAGGCCUAGCUAAUGAACUUUUGUUCUCAGAUCAUGCUUUAUAUUUUCUUUUCUUAGUUGCAUGACUUAAAUUAUUUAAAAUGGAUGCCUGAUGAAGAAACAAUGCAGGCCCACAGGUGCAGAUUCCAUAAGCCAUUCACGAACAAAAUAUUUUCCCAGGACUUCACACCUUUCCUGUCCUUCCUAGCUGAAGUGCAUACUUAUGUUUAUCAGUAUCCAGUAUUCUGGAUUUUAUUUUUUUCAAAUUUCAGCUAAUUAUCAGUUGAAUUCAGAAUGAGCUUGAACAUAAUUCGUGUUGAUUUAUGAAAACUGAUAUGUACAGGAGUGUGUGAAGGAGACCCCCAAGGAGAAAAGAUAGAAUGUGGGUGCAUAAUCUAGAUGACUUGACUCAAUAUGAUUGUUAAGUAAAAAAAGGAUAGUUACUAUGGGAACUGUCACAUUAGACAAGAUACAUUUAACAAAUAUGCCAUGUCCUGAACUUUAGAAAAUGAUGAAGGAGUCAUUACAUACGAGGGUAGAAAGGAUUUCUGGGCGCAAAAGACAGGUGGAACUUAUUCAGUGUUGCUUCUGUUUUCAAAGAUAUUUGCUGCUGCUAUGAAAAUGGAACAACAUAGAAAUGUUUCCACCCUUGUAUGAGAUAAACUGUAUGUUAUAUUUGCUUCUUUGUGGGUCUCUAGAGGAUUACCAUUCCUGUGUCAGGUUUUUGUGUUCAUCUGCAUGCUAUUUGCAAUCUGUGUUUUGUUAAGCACAGCUCAUUUCUUUAAAAAGUUAGAGUUCUAUUGGUUUGAUUCUUCUUAGAACCUCUGUGUAACUAUUCAUGCGUGAUAGCAUUUGAAAAACGCAAAGUUCCUGUUCUAAUUUGAAAAAUAAAUUCUGUACUAGAAUAAAUUGAGGUAGCACAACACUAAUUGUACCUUUCUAUGAAGGCCACUCAGGAAUGCUAAACAGCAGAAGACGUUCAUUCCCUCUGGUCAGUGGGUUGUUACAUGUCUGCCAAGGAGGUGAUAUGAUUUGCACUUAAUCUAGUUGAUUUGCCAUUUCCGUCAUUGUAAAUUUUCAUGUCAGCGGUCUUUGCUUUAAAAAUAGCUUGAUUUACAAGUAUAAAAAAUCAAAUGAAUAUUCAUAUUUGACCUGAUUGUUUAUAGUUCAUAAUGCGUGAUCAAAACCGAAAGUUUCUGUGAUGACUGCCCUUGCACUGUUCACCAUGUAAGAACUUAUUCACUAUGUAAGAAUUUGUUCACCAUGUAAGAACUUGUUCAUUGUGCUUCAGAAGAUUGGAGACUGAUGAGAAUUAGGCUUGGGGUGGAUUAAUGAUUGUGCAUCGAGUCCCCUAUACAGAAUUUUAUUGUUGUUAACAACCAUUUGAUCAAUAAAUAUGAGAGAUGCCCUCUCAAAAAAAAAAAAUAGCUUGAUUUAAAACUGAAGCAGUUUAUUUAUAUUAUAUUCAACAUACAGCAUUAUUUGUUUACUGUAUCAUCAUUAAACAUGUACGUUGUUUUGAGUGAUGAUAGAUCCUGUCCUUAAGAAGAUAUUAUUGUGAAAAUUAAUUCGGGCAUAUAUCAUCAAUAUCCAAAGAGGUUUAGACCUUUUUGUUAUUUCCUGAGGAUACAUGUUCUUCACCCACAGUUCUUUACUUUUGUCCUGUCUGUCCUAAAGGUAGGAAAUAAAGGGGACAUUGCCAGAAAGGACUUGCACCCUGUCCUGCUGCCACUUAUCCUUCAACUUACUCUGCUAGGUUUCAUUCUUAGGAAGGAGUUGAGUAAGUCAUCCUUGGGUGGGGAUGAAGAAGGACAUCAUUCGGAUGGUGACUUGAAGUGAUGAUAGGCUGCCCUUCAAGGGGGUGUAGUUUUCUGUGGCUCUACAGCAGGAUGUGUUCCUGAGCAAUAGGUCACCUGGAUGGGUUCCAAUGUGCUACUUAAAAAUACACCACCUACCUUCCUUUCAAUCCCCAGCAAAAUAAAAGAACAACCAGGUAAAUCAUAAAUUUCCAUGGAUUUGGCACUUUGAUUUGGAAGCUCUCCACUUUUAAUACAGUGGAUAGAUUGGUGGAACCAGAUUGCUCUCCAAAGAGCUCUAACAUUUUAUUUCACUUAAGUCUUUAAAGUUUUUAAAUGUUAUUAAGCCAGUUUUUGGGAGACCAGGGAGUCAACUUUAUCUCU